GGAGAAUCGAAACAUAUUCAAAGAGGAAUAUAAUUUUCACAAGCAGUAUAUUCCGAACUUCUUCGAAGCCCGAAUUCUUGUGCUUAAUUAUAUAAUUGUGUCCAACAAUUUUAUUUAAAAAGUUUAUUCUUUUUUUUAAAAAAAUUAAUAAUUGUGUUCAACAAUUUUAUUUAAAAAAAUCAUUCUUUUUUAUAAAGAAAUUAAUAAUUGUGUUCCACAAUUAAAUGUGCGAUGGUUAGAGUUAAAGGCGUCACAGUUCAAAGGGGUGGAGUUCGAACCCGAGGUGGGCGAGGACGGGGUGCAAAAACUCUUCAACCACCUUUACAUCUACCACCAAGUGUCCUAGACGACAAUACUUCGCAAUUAACAAAAAUUGUUGCAAAAGCAACAUUGACAGCAUUAAAUGCUUAUUUUCAAAAAAAAGAUGAAAAAAAAAGAAGAAGAAGAAGAAGAUGAUGAGAAUAAUAAAAGAAAGAAAGGGAAAAAACAAAAAGAAGAAGAAGAACAUAAAAAAAAGAAAACGACGACGAAGAAGAAGAAGUAGAAGAAGAAGAAGAAGAAAUAGAGGACGAAGAAGAAGAUAGGAAUAGACCAAUUUUAAAAAAAAAAUACGAUGGAGGAGAAUAUAGAAAAAGCAACCUUCCGCCGUACAACAAAAAAUAAAUUAAACAAGAAUGUCAAAAAUUAUAACGACGAUUACUAUGACGAUGGGAGAGACGAUUGUUAUGUCGAUCGAAGAAGUGAUCGAUCGUACAAACAGUAUGACGAUCGUCAUAGAUCAUUUGUAGAUCGACAGUAUGAUCGCCAUGACGCUCGUCGUCAUAACGAUCAAUACGUCGAUAAAAAUAAAUAUCCUUAUGACGAUCGUCAUACAUAUACGGGAGAUCACUUAUAUGACAGACAUACCAAUCGAAACGUCUACCAGAGAAACGAUCGUUACGACGAUCGUCAUAGUGAUCGAAGGUAUCACCAGACAGAUGAUCGUCAAUACAGACGAAUGGAAGAUCGGCGGGACGAUCAUCGUGACGAUCGUCGUGACGAUCGUUUCUCUACGAGACGGGACUAUCGUUAUUAUAAUCGUCGAUAAAUAAAAAAAAGUAUUUUAAAAAUUAAGAUAACGAUAUUAUUUAUUACUAAAAUAAAAAGAAAAAUAUUUUAAAUAAUUUUUUAAAAAAUAUUUAUAUAUAAGUUUCAAAUUUAAAUGCUGAAUAUAUAAAUUGCAUUUAAAAUUAAAACCAAAAAAAUUUUAAAAGCCAACA